AGAAGGAAGCGAAUGUCAGUCGAGGGAUGCUGCCUCCAUUUCUAUAUAAAUAUGCACUCUGACAGCAUUUUUCCUCACACGUCCGGCUCCGGCGGGCCGACAAGGACGAGCGCAGUGACUCUGGUGGCCAGCCAAAUCGUUUAAGAUUAUAAAGCAGCGAGAAACGAAAGCGAAGUCCGAGUUUGUGGGCAGCGGACUGGGAGAGAGCCCGCGUCCCUGGUACAUGCUCCGCUCUCCCGCUCUCUCUGCAGUGUGGCUGUCCGCCUCAGUGUUUUGGUCCAGUUUGUACAUGUUUGUGUUGCCCGGCGCAUCGAAAGUAAGCGAAACACGAGGAGUAGUGCAGCGCCAAAUGGACCGCUGAGCCAUGGCAGCAAAAGACGAGCUUUACGCCAAAGUUACGCCGCGGAGGCAGCGCCAGAGCCGGCCGGGCACUGUCAAACACGGCUCCAGCCUGGACGUGCUGCUGUCCAUGGGCUUCCCCAAAACCAGGGCGCUGAAAGCACUGGUUUCAACCGGUGGCCGAAAUGUACAGGCGGCCUGUGAUUGGUUGUUCUCCCAUGUGGAUGACCCAUUUCUGGAUGACCCUUUGCCGCGGGAGUAUGUGUUGUACCUGCGGCCGAGUGGGCCUCUGCUCCACCAGCUCUCUCACUUUUGGCAGCAGAGUCGGGCCAUGUGCGGCAAGAACAAGGCUCACAACAUCUUCCCCCACAUAACCCUCUGCCAGUUCUUCAUGUGUGCAGAUGCAAAGGUGGAAGCUCUGUGCGAGUCACUGCAAACGGUGGUGGGACAGUGGCGAGGCCGCUUCCCCUCCCCUCUCCCCCUGGAGCUCUACACCUCCUCCAACUUCAUUGGCCUCUUCGUGGAAGAGAAGGUGGCUGAGGUGCUCAAGGGUUUCGCAGCUGACUUUUCCGCCGAGGCUGCUGCCAAAGCAGAUGUCCAUGUGGAGCCACACAAGAAGCAGCUGCAUGUAACUUUGGCCUACCACUUCCCCACCAAUCACCUCUCCUCCUUAGAAAAGCUGGCCAGAGGCGUGGAUGUGUCACUGGGCUGCGAUUGGCUGGCCGUUCUCUUCUCACGGGACAUCCGAUUUGCUAAUCAUGAGACCUUGCGAGUAAUGUACCCCUACGCACCCCAGAACGAGGAUGAGCUGGAGUUGGCUCCGAAUGACUUCAUCUUCAUGUCCUCGAUGGAGCAGGGCAGCGCCAGUGAGGGCUGGGUGUAUGGGACCUCGAUGAGCACAGGGCUGUCCGGUCUGCUGCCUGAGAACUAUGUCAGCCGAGCCGACGAGUGUGACACCUGGGUCCUACAUGUGUCCCACUCCUUCCUCAACUGCACUUCGCCCACUAAUAGCGGUGGGGCAAUGGGUGGAUCUUUUCUUGAUGGACAGCUGGAUGGCCGUCUCCUUGACGACCCCAGCCUAAUGGACCCGGCUAGUCUCAAUGUCAUAUGUCACCCCAUGCAGAUGCUGCGGACCAAUAGCCAGUCUCUAUUGCCUAAGCGGGCACUGUUUGUGUGUCGCCAUGGUGAGAGGAUGGACGUGGUGUUUGGGAAACACUGGAUCACCCAGUGCUUUGAUGCCAAAGGGCGUUAUAUGCGAACCAACCUCAACAUGCCAUGUAGUCUUCCAGCGAGAAGUGGUGGAUACAGGGAGUAUGAUAAGGACUGUCCCAUCACAGUGUUUGGAGCCACACAGGCUCGCCUAGUCGGUGAGGCCCUGUUUGACAGUCAUACAGUGAUAGACUUUGUUUACUGCUCUCCAUCCCUACGGUGUGUGCAGACAGCCCAUAAUAUCCUCCGAGGUCUUCAGCAGGAUGGGAAGACUAAGAUUCGAGUUGAACCAGGUCUCUUUGAGUGGACCAAGUGGGUGUCAGGCACUUCCUUACCUGCCUGGAUCCCACCCACCGAGCUGGCUGCUGCUAACUUUAGUGUGGACACAACUUACAGACCUCAUAUUCCCAUCAGCAAGCUGGCCAUGUCGGAGUCCUACGACACCUACAUCAGCCGCAGCUUCCAAGUAACACGGGAAAUCCUUACUGAAUGCAAAAGCCUGGGAAACACAGUAUUGAUCGUGGCACAUGCUUCCUCUUUGGAGGCGUGUACUCGCCAAAUGCAGGGUCUCAGCCCCCAGAACUCCAAAGACUUUGUGCAAGUAGUACGAAAGAUUCCAUAUUUAGGUUUCUGUGCCUGUGAAGAGAUGGGUGAGACAGGGGUGUGGCAGCUUGUGGACCCGCCUAUCCUGCCUCUCACGCACGGGCCCAAUCACAGCUUCAAUUGGAGGGAAACUUUAUUGCAGGACUGAGGUGCUUCACCUCCUUGGGUUAGUCCUUUGGCUCUGCCUUCUAUGCUUCUCCUCUAAGGGCAGCUGAGAAUUGCGCUGUCAACUACUCUCUUCUUCCACACCAUCGCAAGCGUGCAGCAUUCCAUCAUGAGCAGACCAAAACACAGGCCAGGCUUCCACAGAACAGUCCCCUCGCUGCUGCAGUACACCGUGCCGGCUCUAUACAUUUUUUUAUAUAUGGCAGCAAUGAUAUGUGUAAUGUCUGUGUCUGUAAAUGUGCUCAAAUGUCUAUCCCCCCUAUUAGAGGGCAAGCUUAUUGGUCAGCAGUCACAGAUCGAGGUGGAAAGUCAAGGAUUGCUUUGAAGAGCUGUGGCAAAUUGGAAAGAAAGGAAGAAAAAAAAAACUUCACAGCAACACAUUCCAAGCAUAACGUGAAUCCAUCAAGUUAGCUGCAUUCAAAUAAAGCAGAAUUCACAGAACAUUUACAGGUGUGGAGCUUUAAAGUGGAUGAUGACCCACUCAGGUUUCAUGUCUCUGUAAAGAGGCCAUGUUGCACUGGCCACAUCACAUGUUCAAAAGCGCUGAGUCACCAACAAAGGCUUCCAAGACUGCUGCCUGGUGGCCCAAGUCUUCUUGGCCUUGAUCUUUCUCAUCAAGUGAAGCAGUAAGGUCAGUUUGGCUGCCACCAAACACACUGUGAGAAACAGAGUUAUAGCAUUUUGAAAUCUCCAGACAACAAAGCACAAGACAUGAACCCUAAUGCAGACAAUCAGAAAGCCAGGACCACUAGGAAGUAGCCGAUGCUUUUUGGACAGCUGAUUGUCUCCAUGCUGUGCUGCAACUUUUCACCCAGUUCGCCUCAGGAUGAUGGUUGGUAAAGGGCUUAUUUUAGCAGUUCAUGCUAAUGGGGGGAUAAAAAAAAUAAUCGUUGUUGCAUGCUAUGUAUUUUCCACAAAACGAAAGCUAUUUAUCGACUAUCUUUGCUGAAAAGAUCGCAUCGUUUAGGUUCCACAUGGUUUGUAAACACUUAGCGGGCCCUUUACAAGCCACAGGUCAAUCAGCAAGCCUUAUUUUUUUGCAUAGUGGAAAACAACCAAACAGAGAAACUUGGAGAUAAGUCUACAAACAUGUACCUGCCUGUUCAUAGUAGCACAGUUCAAACUAUUUUAUUCCUUUAAUUCCUGAAUAGAAAAAAAUAUGUAACUUCUUCUAUUCAUGUAUUCAUAGCAUAACUUGCUAAGAUAAUUUUUCUGGUGCUUCGUAUAAAGUAUUUUUUGGUUUUGCUCUGUUAAGAAAACAGAGGAAUCAAGCUGUAGCAAAUCUGAAAUGCAGCUAUUGUUUUUUCCUCUACUCUCCUCGCACGCACUAUACAUAUCGGCCAUUGCGAGCCACUCCUUUUCCAGAUCUGUUCAGAUGUGUUUUUUUUUUUUUUUUUUUUUUUUUCCUCAGUUGAUCCAAACUACAGAAAGAGGCUUAAUGUAGUUUGGUGCUGUAGUUUUUGCAUCUUAUGCUAGUGUACAUGUGCACAUCAGGUUCAGUAACAUGCCAAGAAUAUUAAAAUUAGGAUUACAGCAUUUGAAUUUCUUUUUUUCUUCUUCUUUUUUUUGGUAAAUCUGUCAGUGUUACCUUGUGGCAAUUUUUUUGGAGGUUUUAUUCAUAUUUUGUCAUAAUAAUAACAAUAAUAAGUAAAAGCAUGCGUUUUUAUUUCCUUGUAAUUAUUUUACUCUAAUGGGGCCUCUCAGUCAUGUAGUGGCCUAUUUUCUUUCUCUUUGUCUUCUAAGCUAUGUUGGCUUCCCAGUUAUAAGGCAUAGAAUUAUUGUGUUCAUGCUGGGCCCACAAAUGUGUUCUUUCAGACCUGCUGUUGCGAGGUUGGACAAGCUUUUUACAUUUCCAUUCAAACUAUUUUUAUUUAUUUUUUUGUUAGAAUACUUAUUUGUGAACAGCUGUGGUGUUUGUUUACACGUGUACACAUGUUGCCACCUAACAUCAAGUUUCCAGUUUGAAGUGCUACACCAGGGGCGGCAACCCAAACGUCAAGAAGGGCCAUUUUGUCCUUUAAAUAAAAAUCAAACCACCUUCGGAGCUGCAUUUUAUAUCCAUUUACCAUCUUGGCUGUAAUAUGUGCUAAUGUGCUAGUAUAGGCUAAAAAUGAAAACACAGACUUACUUUGCUCUGCUUUAAGCUUUAGCUCAGCCACUUUUUUCACAUCUCUGGCAAGAAACAUUACCUCAAAAAUAGAACAGUUUCUUGAAAAAUGUCUCUCAGCUUCUCGUUUGCCAGCUUCAUGAUCCAGUUUCACCUUAAAUGGUGCCUGAGGUGCCAGAAUGUAACUGCUUCACCAUUCUAAGGUAGAACGGGAAAAUUCAAACAAGCUGGUGAAUGAGGAGCCAACUUCAGUCUUGUGACUUUUUAGCGUUUGACAGUUUUUUGUUGCAGAUUAAACGUAUCAGCAAACCAGCCAGAGUGACUCUAAAAGCAGAUAAGUCCAUUUUUCUCCAAAUUAUUGAUGUUCCUCUUAAAUCUUUCUCUUUGCCAUUUCAUUAGCUGCUAGCUAGACAAGAAUUCUGCUGUGGAGCCGCAAAAGGGCUGUAAAAAAGCUGCAUACGGUUCUGGAGCCACGUAUUGCCGACCACUGUGUUACACUCGCAAAGCUGUUGUAGCAGUUCAGGUUAGAAAAUGAAAGAAAUACAGCACCAUGCUAACUUUAGCUCGAUUACAUGACAAAAAUGCAAGUCAGAGUUUGUUUGCUAAUGCUUUGUCCUGCCAAGCAGCAGUUGCUGCGAAGGAACACGUUUGUGGGCGGAACAUGGACAGGUCAAACUUCCUGCUGUUUUAGUUUACCGUUAUCUUGAAGCAUCUUAAUGUUCACCAUUUUUAGUUUUUAAAACUUGCUUCUUGUGAGGUUGUGUGUCUGAGUGAGUGCGCAUGUGGUUCAGAGAGUUAAUUCUGUGCAAGAUGAAAAUAGCAGUUGCCAAACGCGCCUACUAUAUAGAGAUCGUUGUUCUUCCAAAUGAAGUCGCCAGUCAUGCGCUCCGGAAAACAAGGCCAAAAAGAGAUGCCGGAAAUUCUGUUGGCAGCUGUGCUUGCCUCGAUGACGUCAUUUUUAAGCACCGACUCGGCCGUGCUAAGUGUGCUCUUGUUCCAAAUGUGUCUCGUCUUCGCUUAAAGGAGGUAGAGAAAGCGAGCGAGAGCAGGUCUGAGAUUGUUGAGAUACUGUUGAGUUUCUGUGAGCUUCAGGCUGAAAGAAUCUACAUCUGUUGUCCUCAAACUCCACAGUCGCGUCACUUUCACAAGAGAUUGGAAAACGUAAGGUUCUGAUAAGUUCAAACUAUGUGAUGGGGACAGAAUACUAGUAUUGCGAUUCUGUUGCAAUAUGCUUUAAGUUAUUACUUUUUGCCGUUCUUUUUUAAUACUGUUAUAUAAUUACACCUUCGCAGACAUCAUUAAUUAUGUAGCAAAUAACCUUUUACAUUUGAUUUGCAUUGUUUUGACAGGUUUGUGUCUGCACUUCCAACCUUCUUAGCCAAAUUAAAGCUGUGAAAAAUGAAAAUAGAUCAGAUCAUUUUUCUUUUUAAUGAAACAAGAUGGACAGAACAAGACCCCCCCCCCCCCCCCCCCCUGUCCCCAUUCCAACCAGUUUUGACAAUGAAAAUGAUUGUCUAUAUUAAUGGACUACAUGGUACAGAAGUGGCAGAUUAGGUUGAAAAACGCCAAAGCAUGUCUUUAACCGUAAAUCAACUACCAGUUUAACGAUUACGUUGGCGGACGAGUGAGCAAGUGCAGGAAUGGACAAGCAGGAUGGCAGGGAUUGCAGAUGGGAAAACGAACCAAGCUAGCGAUGUCCGCACUGAAACGUGUGCUACCUUUUGUAUAACCUUGUGAACUUUUGCUUGACCUCUCUGUAAGCCAUAUUCAUAUUCCUCGUUAGACUCCAGGUCAUUACGGUUAAAGAGGACAGCACUUGUAUGAGUGCUGUUUUUCAGUGAUGUUCCUACUUAGGGUCAUUAUUAAAGUUCAGCUUUUGAAGAGUCCUAUUGCUCUCAUUCAUGCCAACUCUGCAUGCAUGAAGAAGAUACCAACUUCACUUCCUAAAGGUAACCUCUACUUGAAACAAGUACACAAAAAGUAUAAUGGAAAUGAUGUAUAUGUAUUUAAAUUAUUACGUUGGUUUUUAUGCAUUCCAAAAGUGUUCCAGAAGAAUGUUCUCUAUUUUGUUGCAAAAGAUCGCCUCUGUAAUUCUGAUUGUUGACAUAUUUUACGACCUAUUUUAACUGCUUAAAAGAUAAUUAUGUUUGAAAAUAAAUGUUUUAUCACCAUGA